AAAAAUUAAAAAAAAAAAAUAACCCCCACCCCCUAAAAAAAAUUUUUUUUUCUAUUAUUCCCCCAAAAAAAAAUUAACCCUCUUUCUUCGAUUAAAAACAAAAAGGAGAGGGGGGUGUGAGCGAUUGAGAACCAUAUUUAGAGCGCGAGUCGAGUCCUGUAAACGUGGUUUAAAAUCGAUGCGAAUCGCAGGUUGCGGUCAGUCAGCGAGAGACCUUCGCGCGUAUCGCUUCGACUUGGGAAGCGUAAAUUUUUUUUUUAUUUUAAUUCAAAAAGAAAAUAAAAAAAAUAAAUAAAUAAAAGUGAAAAAUAAUUUUGUGAAUGUCGCAUUUUAAGAGAGGGGAAAAAAUAUUAAUAAUGCGUGUCAAGUGAUAAUUUGAAUGUGGAAUCAUUCCGUCAUGCCUUGUUUUAAAAAAAUUCACCUUUACGUGCAAAAAAAUUCACAAAAGGAUCCAUGAGCAGAGUAUCAAGUUGGUACCCGUGAUAUAAAGGACCCUAGGGUCCAAAAUACCAUUUAGAAUCUCGAAAGUGUUAUUGGCCUUAUGAUCUCCUGAAGACAUUUCUUUUUUUUUGGUGCAGCAGAACAUGAAGACUGAUCGCCUCUCAACAUUGCCCUGGAUCUAUAUUCUGCUGACACUUCUGGGCUCUAUUUUUCAUGUCGAAACAUUCGAUAUUAGAUUAUGUCACACACCACUUGGAAUGGAGUCUGGAGCAAUUCCAGAUUCUGCCAUCAAUGCAUCAUCGUCCUACGUAACUAACGUGGGACCAAGAAAUAGCAGAUUAAGAAAAGAAACAGCUGGAGGAGCGUGGUGUCCAAAAAAGCAAAUAGAAAAUGGAGUGCGGGAGUGGCUGCAGAUUGAUUUGAAGAGAACUUAUGUCGUUACUGGCAUUGAGACUCAAGGCCGAUUUGACCACGGACGAGGACAAGAAUACGUCGAGGAAUAUACUCUAGAGUAUCGAAGAACAACUUUCGGUGAUUGGAAACCAUACAAAAAAUGGGAUGGCAAAGAGGUCCUAGCUGGAAAUAGUGAUACGUCGUCAGUGGUUUCACACGAGCUUAUUCCGCCGAUUUUCGCGAGCCAGAUACGCGUGUUACCUCACUCCGUACACAGGCGCACGGUUUGCCUUCGCAUCGAGCUCAAAGGCUGCAAAGAUCAGAGUGGCUUAAUAAGUUAUACAAUGCCCGAUUCUCCAAUGGCCGAAUUGAGCGACAGUUCUUACGAUGGAACUAGAGAAUCUGGAAUACUCUCUGGAGGCUUAGGUCGACUGAUCGAUGGAGAGACCGGUGCCGAUAAUUACAGGAUGGAUACCGGAUAUGGAAGAGGAAGCGGUUGGAUUGCUUGGAUGCGGGAUACUUUUCUCGACAACUUUAUUGAGCUCAUUUUUCAUUUCGACGAUCUUAGAAUUUUCAAUGCCGUACAUAUUUAUACGAACAACUAUUUUUCAAGGGACGUUCAGGUUUUCUCAAAAGCAGAGGUUUGGUUUAGCGAAAACGGUGGAUUUGAAGACGACAAAGAACCACUGUCUUACUCCUACAUUCCUGACACCGUUUUGGAGAAUGCUCGCAAUGUAUCGAUUAAUUUACACGGUCAACUCGGCCAAUUCGUCAAAAUUCAUCUCUUCUUCGCUGCAAGAUGGAUAAUGAUCAGUGAAAUAACAUUCGAGGAAUCCAAUCCAUUCGAGAACGUGACAGAGGAGACUGUGUCCAAAAUUAGUAAUGGGGAGGUUCGAGUAAACCAGGACGUGGACCUCAACUUACAAACGAUAACAGCAAGAGAGGAGGGCAAAGAAUACGUGGAGGUUCUAAUAGGCGUUCUAACCGCAGUGACAUUACUUCUAUUAUUAGUAUUUGUAAUAAUUUUGUUACUAAGUCGUCGACAAAAACUACAAAGUUCACCGACAGUUUUGAAAAAUCCAUUUGGAUUUGCAAUCAACAUGAAACUUAAAUUUCCAGACUUCCUUCUAAAUUUAACCCCGGGUGGAAUGUUAAACAACAACGCCCACGUCUCUCCGGAUGUUCCGGAGGACGUUAGCAUGCACGAACCACUGACGAUGGAACAGUUUAAUUCUCCUCUGGUAGACUCACAGUACAAGUCUACUUAUGCGGUUGUUGCGAAUUCUGACUCACCGCAGAAAUUAAAUAAUCUCGACAGUCCGGACAUUAAUGUACGUCUCAAGUCAAAAUCUGAAUGUUCGUCAUCAUCGUCGUCAGAUUCGCCGAUUCGUCAAACGCAACACUAUCGAACACUACAGACAUACAAUAAUUCACCAGUGAGACCGACUGUUAUUAAUUUGUCAACACGUCAUCGAGAUUCUGAUUAUGGACAUUCAAAAAGGUGGAACACUGCUCCAAAAGAAAAGCACAAAGUACCAGCGCCUGUUGUCAGUUGGAAUAUCGCGCCUAGUAUGAAUAAGCCGUACAAGUGCAGGGAAAUUGAACCUACGAAUAUUCCACAUCAGUGUCUGCAUACUAUGGAGAAACUUGGCUCCAGUCAUAUUGGAGAGGUAAUAGUUUGUGCAGCAACGACUUUAGGUGAAAUUGACGAUGCUGAAGCACUGAGAUUAAUUGUUGCUCGAGUACCAGCAUCUAACAAGGAGAGUAAGUGCAGUAAUGCAAGUGACGCCAUGAGGGAAGUACGCUUUCUGUCUGGCCUCUCUGAUCCAAACGUGGCUCGUGUUCUGGGUGUUUGCACAGCAGAUCCAGCAACGCCCUGGACGAUAAUCGAGUACACGGAGCUUGGCGAUCUUGCUCAUUAUUUACAAUACAGUGAGCCGCUCACUGGAAUACAGAGGCCAAACUGCAGUCUCAAUUUACUCAGUCAAAGCUGUCUACUUUACAUGGGACUGCAAAUAGCAUCGGGUAUGAAGUUUCUGGAAUCGAAAAAUCUAGUGCAUAAGGAUUUGGCGGCGAGAAAUUGCCUGCUAGGACGAAAUUACACCGUAAAGGUGACAGACAUCGCAAUGUGCAGUGACCUUUAUAAAAAAGACUACAGCGACAUAGGUGGACGACCCUUGGCUCCAAUCAGAUGGCUCUCGUGGGAAAGUAUUUUAUUGGAUAGAUACACCUGUCCAAGUACCGUUUGGUCGUUUGCUGUCACGUUAUGGGAAGUCAUGAGUUUUGCGCGGGAAAAACCAUUUCAACAUCUUUCCAAUGAACAAGUGAUACAAAAUGCUGAACUCAUGUAUUAUGGAGAGGAAUUACAAGUCUUUUUGCCAAAACCAAUGAUGUGUCCCGAGGACGUUUACAAAGUGAUGUGUUCCUGCUGGCAAAGAGAUGAAGACGAACGACCAACUUUCAAGGAUAUAUAUGCAUUCCUAAAGACUGUAACUGACUACCGACCCAAUGCAUAAUCAUAGUUGACUGUGAUAAAAACAAAAAAAAAAUUCUCUACAUUUCAAUUCAAAACGAGAUUUUAAUUACAAACAAAUCAGUAAGAAGCAAAAUUUCCCCAAAAAAAAAAUAUUUUUUUCUUUCCACAAUCAAACCCAAUUACCCAAACUAUAACUAUUUUUCAUUUAAUAUUUAGUCUGGACUAGAUAAAUUUACAUGUAAUUAGAAAUUUAAAAAAAAACAACUAAUUUUAUUUCUAGUCUCUAGAAAAAAAAACCAUAAGUUCAUAUUCUCGUAAAUUGAAAUAAGUGUACAAUCGUUAAGUUUAAUCGUAUGAGAUAUUUUAUACUAUUUUAUGCUUCCAAAAAAAGAGAAAAAAAAGAAUAACAAAAUACGAGAGAUUAUUAUUUUGCAAAUUCUAGUCACAUCGACAAUUUUUUGAUUUUAAUAAUAAUAAGAUAAGCGACACAUUCUGUACAGUAUUCUUAGUAAAUGACAAAUGCAAAAUGUACACACUAUAUAUUAUGGAAGCCUGUAUUUAAUAUGAUAAGUCUCAUGUACAUAUUUUCCCAAUCAACACACAAAAAAAAAGAAAGAAAAAGAACUUUAUGACGAUAAAUUGUAAAUGUUCGGGGUCAAUAAUUUAUUGUGUAUUUAAAAUAAAAAAUAAAAGUAAGUCUGAUAGAUAUAAUAAUAAGAAAAAAAGUAUCUCUUCCGCAGAUACAAAAUAUUCUAUUUAGAGAGAAAAAAGAACAAAAGUCAUUUAGGAUUUCAAGCCAACUUUUAAAAUUUAUAUCCUGCUAUAUGCCAAUACGUCACUUUUAUCACAAUCAAUCGUUUUUGCAUUUUACACAAUUCAUCUUUUCUGCUGAUACUCUUCUCUACAGGCGCGUCAAAAAAUUUUUUGUCCGAAUUUUCUUUUCACAAAAAAACCAUAAUUGAUAUUUUUUGUUGUUGUUUGCUUUUGCCAACAAUCUUUUUGCAUUAAAUUACCAAAUUUGCAUAUCACCUAAUUUUUAUUUCUUUA